AUGAGUAUCGAUCUUGACAUGCUCCGAGCGUAUACGGCUGGUCACUCCAUUGAUAAAACCUUGCGGUUAAUGCUGGAUGCUGCAGCAGCGUCCUUGAAGGGUGAUGAAGGGCGUGGGUAUCAGUCGCUACCCUCGCCAGGAACUGAGCUCUUUGUGCAGCACUUAUCGGAAUCCGCUGCUCGUGGACGUGAGAACUGCCCAGCGGAGUGUGAAGUAGAGGUUGCGCCUCCCAGUGAUGACAAUUGUGUGAUCAAUGAAGAGUGUAGGAAAGAGAACGGUUCACUGUUGGAAAAGGGGAGUGCACCAUCUAGCAGCGCAAGGCGCACGUUCCAUGAAGAAUUACAGCGGAUAUUGGCCGUUACAGCGACUGAGAAAUCCGUAUACCUGCGAAAGGAGAUUGAGGAGCAAUUCAAUAUAUUCGAUGUGUUGCGUGAUAAUUACCUUGCGACACCUUACGCCUUUCUCUCCAGCUAUGCCAUUUGUAUGCCCUUGAAAGAUCGCCGGCUGCUAGUGGAGGAAUAUUACAGUGUCAACGAGGAGGUGCUCAAAUUCUUCUUUGGAGACGGUAUGCACAAAAUGGAGCCUGACGGUGAGCCGGAAACGCGCUUUCUUUUUUGGAGUCGGCGCCCGAAGCGCUGUGACGAUCGUGAAAAGCUCAGAUGUGCAGGUAUUAGCGACGGCUCUCUAAAGCGACAGUGGGAAAACCUCAAGCACGUGUGCACUUUCUUGCACUCUGCGUAUCGUGGACGUGGAGGCAAGGUGAUUUCGCGGAACACACCCCUGUUAACAGCUUUACAGCGAUGCUUUGCUCUCCGUGGCCUUUUGGGGGUAGACUACGCUACCUUUGUUUUUGGAUUUGAACACCAACUAAAGAAUCGUUUCUGUGAAAAAUUGUCAUACGCGGAAUGCACGAAUUUGUGCAAUGUCUUAGCCACCAUGUGGUGCGAUGGGUCGAGGUUGAUGCUGAGGCAGAGUUUCUGCAAUGCAUGCGCACGAAUUGCUCGUCUGCUCGACGAAAACCGUGUGAUAGCAGAAAUUCAUCAGAUGAUGUUUGGGGAGGCGAUGCGACCGCGGUGGCAACAGCAGUUGGAUGGGAUGCAGCGCGUCAUAGCAACAAAUAAGGGUGCCUGUAGUGCAAACAACAGCCGAACUGAGGUCGCGACCCCAGCGCCAGUGGCACCACCAGCAAUGGCGAGCGUUUCUGUUGACGUACUCCCACCGGACGCUGAUGACCGAUUUCUUGAUUCGGAUUCGCGUUCCCGUGUGGUAUCGGCGGAUGUUUCACUAAAGAGGGAGGGGGAUUCGUGUGCCUUCGCCUCAUCACAUGGGGUCCCAGCCGCUUGUCAGGACAGUAACAACACGGUCGCUACAGUCAACUUAACCGUUGGUAGUCCGGCGACAGUUGGUGCCGCCGUACCGUCGAACACCGGCCCAAGUUUUGCUCAUCUUAGCGCCAACGGUGCAUUUUCAAGAAGGUUCAUUUUCGAAUACUCUUCCAUUAUCAAGUUUUUGAGUCGCAUUGCCGCUGUCAUUGGGAGCUCCGGGGCCAUGUGUGAAGCUCUGGACAUAUUUUACAACCGAGUGUACGUUUCACUCGAGAGUUUGGGAGCGCGAUCGGCAUCCUCUCCAGGUGGUGAGUCCAACAUCACCCGAACCGGAGCGGUUUCUUCUCCAGUGGUUGACACGAAGAGGAACAACACUGUUGUUGGUUUUUCCAAGCCUGUAGGUACUGUCACCGCCACUUCAUGUGCUGAUGACAGCGGUUUCGUUGCUAGGUUACCUAAGUGGAGUCAGUCUAAUUCUGAUGAAAGAGUUCCUUUGUUGCCCGGAACUCCCGCUAGUGGGGCUGCCAGCGCACCUUGCGUGAUCGAAGCGUGCACGCGGUGCUCGAAGGGACAACAACUCCCCGUCAUGCAACGUACAAUGUCGUGUGCUGGUGUCGCGUCGAGCACUAACAUCGCUGGGGCGGCUGACUGGGGCGUCCACCUCCGAGAGGCGUGUGUGUUUUUCAGAAUGUUGCCGAACGUUUUUGCGAAACUCACUCAAAUCACGGAGGAGGAUCACCUGGAGUGUGACAAUGAGUUUACAAGUUUAGUAGUUACACUUAAGAUGCUUGUGCAAAUCAUUAUGGCUUCUGAAGAUCGUAAUAUUGCCGGUUAG